AUGCCAGUUUCGGCACCGCGGGCCCCGCCUCAACAGCAACACUCUUACUCCGAGUACUUAAUUCGUCAGCGCCAACAUUACAGCUGUCAGCCUCCCGAAAGAAAAGAGCACAAUUUCGAGCUGGCAACGCAGCAAACCAAUCCGCGUUUCUCUACGUUUGCUCCGUCUUCACUUUCACGAGAUCCAAUCCUCUACAAUUCCCAAAUCCCACCUACAUCCCACACACCUCAAAAGACGCUGUUCCAGAGCCUCCAACCGGUGCACAAAGGCGAACAUGUGCCUCUUGGUGAUUGGCUUAUUGCAGGUGGAUGGCCAGAGUCUGGCUCAAACUCAGCCUCUGCCUCCUUGUCAUGGUCAUCGGCGCGGUCGGAUGUCUACGCUGUCACAGAGCCCUCUGCGUGUCUUACUGGACCGAUCUGGCCCGAAGCGGAUGAUACGUAUCCAAUAACUCCUCCACGGCCCUCGAAGAAUGAACCGCAGAGUUUAGGAGGCCUAUCAGAAUGUGGGUUUGAGGAAGCUCUUCACUUCAAGUUUGGAGUUUUUAUUUAA